CUCGUUACCUCGUACCGUCGUGUCGAUCAGUGUUGUGACAGCCACAUGUUUAAACAGCUGCGGUUUGGCAUCUCAGUUUAAAGAGGAAAACCACUUCUAUCUGAUUUGUACAGCAGUCCCUUUUUGUGUGUAGGAGAGAGGGGAGUAAGCAAUUAAAGAGUAAUUUGUCGCCAAUAUCUUCAUAUUGGGCGUUUCAAGUUCAACUCAUUUAAGAAAACACGCCCCCACAUCUUCUUUUACGGGGAAGGGGGGGAUUGCUUGAAAUUGGAGGGGUAAAAAUUAGAAAACAAAAAAAGAAAUACGACAGGAGAAAAGGAAUGACUGCAAGUGUUUCAAAUUAUUCCGUCUUUGGAUCUAAAACGCCUUUAACUCUGUUUAGACGGCCGUCCAAAAAAGUGCAACUGAUGGCGGCAACGGCCGUGGCAUUCGUCUGCGUAUUGGGUCUGGCGCUGGCCUUAACUUUCUUAAACGGAGUCAAUUCCGAAACGCCAUUUUCGCCUCCGUCCCCAUCCCGGCUGGGCAAAUACCGGACGGCGGCCGUCAGCUCAGAUGGCGUUCCUUGCUCGACAAUAGGACGGGACGUUUUAGCGGAUGGCGGGAACGCAGUGGACGCUGCCAUCGCCACCAUUUUUUGCAUCGGAGCGGUAAAUCCGCAAAGCGCCGGAAUCGGUGGCGGCUUCCACAUGACUCUAUACGAUCCGGUCAAACGGCAGGCCCGAUGUCUCGAUGCCCGUGAAGUGGCGCCUCUAGCGGCCACAGAAGACAUGUUUAAAGGCAAUUCUUCCAUCUCGCAAAGAGGCGGCCUGGCUGUGGGUGUACCUGGAGAGCUGGCCGGCUACUGGGCAGCUCAUCAACAAUACGGGAAAUUACCGUGGUCACGUCUAGUCCUGCCGACAGCGGAACUCGUCGAAAAAGGAGUUCCAGUCAACAGUCACCAGGCCAAUUCGUUGCAAAUAGAACAGAAAAUCGUCCUGGCCGAACCUUCUUUGCGAAUUUUCGUGAACGAAGCGACGGGCCAAGUGAAGAAACUUGGCGAUAUAGUGAGAAAUCCCGUUUUCGCGCAGACGUUGAGAACAAUCGCUCGCGAGGGCGUUGGCGCCUUUUACAACGGAACUCUUGGCGAUAAAAUGGUGCAGGAUAUCCGGCGGAAAGGUGGAAUCAUUACCAAAGAUGAUUUAAUGCAAUAUCGGCCUGACUGGAAAGAUCCCAUCAAAGUGGAAUUGCACAACAACAUGACGCUGUACUCGAUGCCUCCGCCAGGAUCUGGAGUUUUAACUGCGUUCAUUUUGAAUAUCCUCGACGGACAUUUGAUUCAAGAAAAAACGGCCAAAGCGUCCAGCGAUCCCAGAAUUUACCACCGGAUCGCAGAGGCUUUUAAACACGCCUACGCCCAGCGCACGAAAUUGGCCGAUCCUCGUUUCGUCCUCGAAGUCAACGAGUUGACUAAAAACUUGUCAUCGGAAGCUCUGGCUGCUGAAACCUACGCCAAAAUCAACGACUCGUUCACAUCGAACGACGCGGAAUUUUACGGAGCGGUCACUUACAAUCCGGACGAUCAAGGCACUUCGCACGUUUCCGUACUCGAUGGCAACGGAAUGGCCGUUGCCAUCACGUCCACUGUCAAUUUACGAUUCGGCGCUGGAUGGAUCUCGGAGCAGACGGGCAUCUUGAUGAACGACGAGAUGGAUGAUUUCUCAUCGCCCAACGUGACCAAUUAUUUUGGAGUGCCACCCAGUCCGGCAAACUUCAUCCGGCCGGGCAAACGGCCCUUGUCUUCCAUGACGCCCACCAUCAUCGUCGAUUCCGUGACGGGCAAAGUCCGUUCGGUCAUCGGCGCAGCUGGCGGCACCAAAAUCACGACAGCGACCGCCUACGCCAUCAUUCGAAAUCUUUGGUUCGGUGAAACAAUUAAAGAAGCCAUCGACAGUCCGCGAAUUCAUCAUCAACUAUUCCCUAUGACUUUUCAAUACGAAAAAGGUUUCCCAUCGGAUAUUGUCAACAACAUGACGGCGAGAGGACACAACGUGACUGGAGGGCAAUACGAUGGCGGGGCAGUCAUUUGCGGCAUUGCUGUCGAAGCGGACGGAUUCAUUUACGCAAAUUCGGAUUGGAGAAAAAGCGGAGACGUGGACGGUAUCGAUCCAGUCGAUUUAUAGAAGAACAUGCAAUUAUUAAUAGUUCAAAUUCCCGAGCUGUACACAGCUUGCCAAAUUUUAAAAUUGUUUUCAACAUGUCAACACGCCAUUCGAUUUCUGUUCAAAAAAAAUAGAGAAAACACUUACACCGUUUCAGCCCGAAA